AUGUCGCUCCGUGUGUUUUGCACCAAAUUUGCAGCCAAUAACCGACACCCACAGGCCACGCCUGGCGAGAUUAGGGGAAGGAGAUGUGGGGAUCACAUCGCCGCUCCUGCAGACAGACACACAUGUUUGGACAAACAAUGUAUGAAAAUCGAUAAUUUUCACGGAAAAGUCGGCCAUUAUCCGGAGCCUGAGGGUGAAAUCCAGCGAAAAACCCGCCCUGGAUUUCAUUGUCCAGGUUGCAGUCCUGCAGCCAGUGCGGCCAAAAAAAACUUCAGCGGGUAUCGCAUCUGCAGGACCAUCAAUCCCAAAUUUAACGCUGAGUCCUCUGCAACGACCCCGGACGGGAUUUUUUGUGGAAAAAAAAGAGCAAAGUUAGAAAUUCAUGGCCAAAUCUAUUCAUUGAGGACUUUUUUCGUUUCAAACUCAUACUUUUGGCCCCAAAAUUUCUUGCUACCGCCCAUCAGGUACCCGCCAUCACCAUGCGUCGGGGCUCCGAACUUUGCCCCACUACUUUAUGCACGGUUACGAAUUUGCAGCUUCGUUUCUUUUUCGUAG